AUGGUCUUCGUAAAGUCGCUGACAGGCCGCACUCUGUGCCUUGACGUUGAAGAUGUUUCGAGCAUCAAGCAACAGAUCUAUUUGAUCGAAGGAAUCCCAGCUGAGGAGCAGAGACUCAUCGCUGCCGGUCACCAGCUCGAGGAUGACGAGACUGUUGAGAAGGAUACCACUGUCUUCCUCUCGCUUAGCAUGCUCGGAGGAGCUAAGAAGAGAAAGAAGAAGGUUUACACCACCCCAAAGAAGAACAAGAGAAAGCCAAAGAAGGUCAAGCUCGCUGUUUUGAAGUACUACAAGAUUGACGACAAUGGAAAGGUCACUCGUCUUCGUCAGGAAUGCCAACAGCCAACCUGUGGUGGAGGAGUUUUCAUGGCUCACCACAGUAACAGACAUUACUGCGGAAGAUGCCACAACACCCUCGUUGACGACAAGGGAUCCGCCCCAACCGAGAAAGGAAAGAAGGGAAAGAAAUAA